AUGGCCUUAGAUCCUGCACAACAUCAUUCGCAAUCCGUAGAAGAAGAAAAAGAAGAAGAAGAAGAAGAAGAGAAUUCUACUACUACCGUUAUCUUACCAAUAUCCGAUCAAAUCUCCACUACGAACACUUCAUCUAACACUUCACAUUCACAUUCGCAGUCGAAUCAACCUUUACAAUCUGAUUUUCCUAUACAAACUUUACCAAGAACAUCAACAUCUGAAGCAUCGGCACGUUCGGAAGAAGAAUUAUUAGAGCCAGAUGCUGCUACAGCUCUCGCAGAUUUACGUCCAACAGAUACAAAUAUGGAUCCACAACCUUCAGGGCAUCGACGGAGAAGGAGUAGCAUGAUGAAUAAUUUAGAUCCGAAUUCAAGAGUUCCAAGGGCAAAACGAUCACCUAGAACUUCUACAGUUGGAGGGGACUUGAAAACCGGAGAUAGAGGGUCAGACGAUGAUUCGAAAUCAACCAGUGAUGAUAUGGAAUUGAGCAAUUUUUCGGAAGGCGAUGAUUUACAGGAUGAUGAGGAAACGGGUCUGACUGCUAAAUCCAAAGCAAAACGAAAGAAGGAGAAGAUACGGCAUCAAUCAAUGGAUAAUAGAAUUGCGGGAGAUAUCAAAGUAACAACAGAUGAGAAGAAAGAAGCAGAUUGGAAUGUUAUGAAGAAGAGUUUAAUGAAUGGGGUUCUAAUAGGACUUUGGUAUAUAUUCUCUCUAUCAAUAUCUAUAUAUAAUAAAUGGAUGUUUGAUCCAAAACAUCUUGAUUUCCAUUUCCCUCUAUUUACAACAUGUAUGCAUAUGCUGGUUCAAUUCACACUCUCGAGUCUCGUUCUUUACUUUCUCCCUCAAUUUCGACCUCGAUACGAUUCUAUAUCCAACCCUCGCAAUAUACAUGUAUCGGAUUCGGAUAUGGCACAACAUGAAAUUGAUAUGAAGAAACCGUUGAUGACGAGAAUGUUUUACUUUACACGAAUAGGACCUUGCGGAAUGGCAACUGGAUUGGAUAUUGGUCUUGGGAAUAUGUCUUUGAAAUUCAUCACCCUUACAUUUUAUACAAUGUGCAAAUCUUCGGCCCUCGCAUUCGUACUUCUCUUCGCAUUCGUAUUCCGUCUCGAAACUCCAUCAUGGCGUUUAGUCGGCAUCAUAUUUACAAUGACAAUCGGUGUGGUAAUGAUGGUAUUUGGAGAGGUAGAUUUUUCAACCAAAGGCUUCAUCCUAGUUAUAUUCGCCGCAUUCUUUUCUGGUUUCCGUUGGGGUUUAACACAAAUUCUCCUUCUCCGCAACCCGGCAACUUCGAACCCUUUCUCCUCAAUCUUUUACCUCGCUCCAAUCAUGUUCUUCUCACUCUUGAUCAUCGCUACUCCCGUGGAAGGAUUUCCAGCACUUUGGGAAGGUCUCAAAAGUUUAAUCGAAGUCAAAGGUCCCAUUUUUGGUCCUUUACUACUUCUUUUCCCAGGUUGUAUCGCUUUUUGCAUGACUGCUUCCGAAUUCGCUCUGCUGCAGCGUACAUCCGUCGUGACUCUUUCAAUCGCGGGUAUAUUCAAAGAAGUAGUCACAAUUUCAGCCGCAGGAUUAGUCUUCCAUGAUCCUCUCACACCAAUUAACAUCUCUGGUCUCUUUGUCACAAUCGGUGCAAUCGCAGCAUAUAAUUGGAUCAAAAUUCGAAAAAUGAGAGAAGAUGCUCAGACCGAAGCACACAAGAUUCACGAAGCUACAGAGAUAGCUAGAGAAAGUGGAAGUGAUGCAGAUGGAGAAGAUGGAGAAAGUGACUGGGAUGGUCAAGAAGGAAGUUAUAUCACGAGUGAUGGCGAUGUUUUGCCCAAUCCGGAUAGAUUUCAAGUCAAGAAAGGGGAAAGUUCGAGAGGAGAAAGUGCACCGCUAGUUGGUGGUAGCGCUAAGAAAGAUUUGAGUGUCUAUACUUCUCCAGUAAUCUCCCGUCUCCAAAUGGGAGACACCGCAAAUGCCUUUAUGGCGGAUCCGUCCGUCAUAACCAUUGAUAACAUCUCUACGAGAAUGCCUCCUCAUGAUGCUCAUGGUGCUGAGAAAUCCACGGAUCAUUUAUAUGCAUUGGUUGAUAUGGGAAGCAAUGGAAUUCGCUUUUCCAUCUCCGACCUCUCUCCCCCAUCCUCUCGUCUCCUCCCUUGUAUAUAUCGCGAUCGCGCUGCCAUAUCCCUCUACGACGCUCUCCAUUCAUCUCUCCCAGACUCCAAAGAAUUCUUCUUCGAUCCCAAUACCAUCUCCCGCGUAUCUACCCAUCUCGCCGCCUUCAAACGUACCUGUGAUUCCCAUGGCGUUCUCUCGAAAAAUAUCGGGGUUUUUGCUACUGAAGCUAUGCGCACGGCUUUGAAUAGGAAUGUAAUGACAGAGGAGAUCAAGAAGCAUAGUGGUUUGGAUGUAGAUAUAUUAAGUCCGCAGGUGGAAAGUUUAUUGGGGGCGAUGGGCGCGAGGAGUGGGUUUCAGGGGGUGCUGGGUCUGAUGAUGGAUUUGGGGGGUGGGAGUGUGCAGAUGACUUUUAUGGAUAGUAGUGUAUCAGCAGUUCAAGCUCUAGAAGCAUCGAAGGAUGGGGAAACGUAUUGGAGUAAGAGUGCGGCGUGUGCAAAGAGUAUGCCAUUUGGAGCGGCGAAAAUGACGGCGAAGUUGAAGGGGGGAGAUAUUCAUGAGAUCCGAACGGAUAUGCGGGCACGAUUUCAAGAGACGUUUCAGGGCUUAUGUCAAAGUUUCCCGAAACUACAAAAUCAUGUGGAGAAUGAGGGGGUGACGCUUUAUUUCUGUGGAGGGGGGUUUAGGGGUUAUGGAAGUAUGUUGAUGCAUACCGAUCCCAUAUCUCCCUAUCCCAUCCCUUCCAUUGCCGGCUACAAAGUUUCUGGAGAGAGAUUCAAGCAAACUAGAGAAAUGCUCAAGGUGAACAAGGAAGAAAAGGAAAAGAUUCACGGCAUGAGUAAGAGGCGUCGAGAACAAUUUCCUGCGAUCGUAGAAGUGGUCGAAGGAAUCAUCUCCACGGUACCAAAUAUCAAGGAAGUAAUUUUCUGCGGAGGAGGCAAUCGAGAAGGAGUCCUCUACCUCAAACUCCCCCGCGAAACUCAAGAAACCCAUCCCCUCCUUCUCCUCCCCUCAAAUUUCGGCCCCAAAAACGAUAAAAUCAAAGAAAUGACCACCAUUCUAUCAUCAGCACUCCCUCAACAUCAACCCGGCGCUCAAAUCUUCACAGACGAAAUCCUAUCCUAUGUCGUAAAACACAUGUGGGAACACAUGGCCAAUAUAUCCAACCUCAACGCCUCCCGCGCCCUGCAUACACCCAUCUCGGGUCCUAUAGCCGGCACGCCAGGUCUCACCCAUGAUAUUAUUGCCACGCUCUCCCUAACCAUGUGUGCGCGUUGGGAAAAUGAUGUGGGGAAAGUUGAUCGUGGGGUUUUGGAGGGACUGCGUAAGAUAUUGGGGAAUGAGGUGAGUUGGUGGUGUGAAUUUGUGGGGGCGAUGGCGAGAUUGGUGUGUACGUUGUACCCGGUAUUUCCAGAAGGGGGGUUGGGGGGAAAAUUGGCUUUGGAGGGAAAGUGGAUGAGUGGGUUGGGGAAGAUGGGGAGGAAGGAGGGGGUGGAGGUGAGGGUUUUGAGGGGGGUGGAGGGUGUGGAUGUGGAUGUGGAUGAGAAUUUGAAUUUGAAUAAGGUGGUUGGGAAGGUGGGGAAGGGAUUGGGUUUGAAGAGGAAGAUAGAGGUUUAUGGUGGGAAGCUAUGA